AUGGAACUGUUUCGACAGUUGGUUGGUGAAGUUGCCAUGCUACUCGCCUAUGAAGUGACGCGUGAUCUGCCUACGGAAUUCCGUACCAUUGAAACUCCGCUCGAAAGAAUUGAGUCUUCUUUCAUAUCCGGCAAGAAACUUUGCUUCAUUUCCAUACUCCGUGCUGGCAACGGUCUUCUCGACGGGGUGUUGAACCUUAUUCCGAGCGCUCGCGUGGGGCACGUAGGACUCUACCGUGAUCCCGAGACGCUGAUUGCAGUCGAGUAUUACUACAAAGUGCCGCCUGACAUUAGCGAACGGCUUGCAAUCAUUGUAGACCCUAUGCUCGCCACAGCGAAUACAGCUAUCGCAGCAGCGGAGCGUUUAAAACAGUCUGCAAAUCGCCUCUGGUACAUAGCUCUCUUCGCCAAGCAGUUUGACAUCGAUCUUGAAUAUCGCGCGGUUCAUGUAGAAAUUGGCGGUUUCGAGCAAGCAGUCAGCGGUUUUGAAGCGAACGGCGGACAAGGCCUCAAUGUAACCGUACCAUUCAAACUCAAUGCGUGGAAGUUCGCCGAUGUGUUGAGUGAUCGAGCGAAUUUGGCCGGUGCAGUGAAUACGCUGUCCUUAGGAAAGACCGUCAAGGGUGACAAUACCGAUGGUAUCGGGUUGGUAACCGACAUUAAGACGAGACUGGGAGUCGAUAUCAGGGAUGCCUGCGUUUUGAUAGUCGGCGCAGGAGGUGCAGUUCGCGGAGUUCUGGGACCAAUCUUGGCGGAACAACCCGAACAAGUAUUUGUCGCAAACCGAACUAAAGACAAAGCCGUUGCGCUGGCCGACGUGUUCGCGCAGUAUGGGAACAUUAUCAGUGGCGGCUUGGACGAAGUUCGAGGCAGAACCUACGAUAUCGUGAUUGAUGCCACCUCAAGCGAAUUGACUGGCAGCUUGCCGGAAAUUCCUUCUGGAGUAUUUCAGGAUGCUCAAUUGGCUUACAGCAUGAUGUACGCAGCGCGACCAACCCAAUUUCAAUUGUUGGCAAUCGAGCAUGGCGCCACUAAUACUGCCGAUGGACUCGGAAUGCUGGUAGAGCAGGCAGCGGAAUCAUUUUUCUCUGGCACGGCAAAAAGCCAGAAACCAAUUCGGUGA